AUGUUCUAUUAUUUGUGGCAAGCUCAAACAUCUCAAAAACGUAAAAAUUUUCAGUUACAUUUAUUUAGUGAUCAUCAUUAUCGUCAACAAUUGCAACGUGUUUGUUUUCAUGCCUGGCUAUCAUACGCUGAUUAUAGAAAACGAAAAAAUAUGCAUAAAAAUCGUGUACAUAAAUAUUAUCAGCAUCAUCUUGUUGAAAAAUAUUAUUUAAAUUGGCGACAAUGUUAUACGCACCGUUUAAAUAUAAAUCAAAAUCAGCAACGUUUGAAUGAAUUACAGAAACAAAUUUUAUUACGUUGGGCAUUCAACAAUUGGAAAACAUAUCUUGAUGAAUUAGCUGAAGAAAGACAAACGUUGAAAAUGGCUGAACAGUAUUAUCGACGACGAUUAAUAGUAAGAGCAUACGAUAGAAUGUUCUAA